UUUUCAUGGCACCAGCGUACAAGAUAUUCUCAAGGAAGAUGCCAGGUUUGGCAGCUGCACGUCUUACCGUGAACCGCCCAUCUUCCUGCAGGCCGCUAGCGCGCAUCAAAGUAAUGGACUAGUGCCGUGCGGUAACUCCAUCUACGUGGACCUCAAUACGUCAUGCAUUAUGCACGUCACUAGUUCGCUCUUUGCCAAAGUCUUCUUUUGUGCAAUACAGACGCAUGCGGCUUGUCACUCGCCCGUGGGGUUUUGCCGUGUUAUAGACGCACACGUGUCACUCGCUCAUGGCGGUUUGAAGUUUUGCUAUUCAGACACAUGUGUCGCAAAGUUAUUGGGCAUCAACUCUUCACACAUGUGUGUCGCUCUCACUUCGGAGAGGUCAGACAAAUGCGUCGCUGGUACUCGCCCACUGGGGUCGAGGUGUUCAAGGUUUUCUUCCAAGCACUUCAAUUAAGUUUUCAAGUCAUUUGUGGGCCACAAUGAUGCGGCUUCAAA